GUGCCAUAUCAACGCGCAGCUUUAACAGUCUGGAUAUACGCUUCGAAAGCAAUGAAGAAAGUGAGAAUAUUAAAGAGGGUAAAAGACGGUUUGAAAACAUUAAACAACAUAUUGAAAAGUUGCGGCAAAUUGUUGAUGAGCAGUGUGCCGGCCGCAGAAAAUUACAAAUGGAUAAAGUCAGCGGAAAAGUAUUUUACGGGAACUCGUAAAUUGGUUAUUGAUAUAGAGAA